AACUUCAUAAAAUAUCGAACGAGAAAACGUGCUUAAAGAGAUCAUUAAAAAUCGCCGUUUUCAAGUGCCAGUGUUCAAAGAGUGCGUAAGGCUAUUGAAAAGAUAAAUUACAUUUUCGUGCGAUCUUUGGAGUUGGAAACUUCAAUCGUAUUCAAUUUUCAACGUUUUUCGUUCUUUUAAUCUCGAACGUAUUUUUAUUUACGCGUUCCUGCUGAUUAUGAUCUUGAUUCGCGUAACAACGCGUGCAUCUCGAUGAUAACAAAAAAGUUAAAUGUACCGAACGGUUUUUGCAUCGCCAUCGUUUGAAUCAGCGACUUAUCAAUCAACACAGGAAAAAAAGAGAAGAUAAUUAAGUGCUUCAAACAAAAAAAAGAGAAUAAUGUCGGACACUAUAGCAAAAGGAGGCUCAAACAAUAUCACGAAUGGCAAUGGCGUUCCGGAUAAAGCAGUCAACAAAGAUCGCGACGUUGAAAGAGGGGAGGAGAAGAAGACUAGCCGAGAAAGAAAUAACCGUCGCGCAUCGACGGUAACAGCCGAGACGGUUUCGUCGGUGCUCGAAAACGAACUGGAGGGGGGAACCGCCAACUCCAACAGCACAGUAUUACCUGGGCCAGUACCACGUGGACGUGGCCGCCUUCAAACAGUCGCUCGUUUGCUACGAAACUUGUUCAUUGCUAUGUUACUCCUUGCUUUUGUCGCCGCUCUUCUCGCACUGGUAUGGAUCUUUAUGGGACCUAUGUUCGUCCUUCAACUCGGUCUUGUUGCCCUUGUCGCUUACUUCGUCGCCGGUGGACGUCUCCGAUGGUUCUACGUUGCACUUCGAACAGCGCCUCGUGAUUUACGUGCUUUGAUUCGUUACGCGAGGCUCCUUCUAACGAUAAAAGGUCACGAGAAAAAAAAUCGCAGCGUCGCCGACAUUUUCCAGCAGCAUGUCGCUCGUCAUCCAAACAAACCGUGUCUCAUUUGCGAGGACAAGGAGUGGUCUUUUCAAGAGGUUGAAGAUUUCAGCAACAGGAUCGCAACCGUUUUCAAAAAUCAUGGAUACCGGAAAGGUGAUACUGUCGCUCUCCUUAUGGAGAACAAACCGGAAUACGUGGCAACGUGGAUCGGACUCAGUAAAUUGGGAAUUAUCGUUCCCCUCAUAAACACAAAUUUGCGAAAAUCUACGCUCCUCCAUAGCCUCAAUGUUGCUAAUUGUCAGGCCCUCAUUUAUGGCAGCGAAUUAUCCGAAGCUAUCAAAGACAUCGCAUCAUCGUUGAAUGCAAAAUUAGCGUUGUACAGAUAUGGAAACGAGCUCGAGUCGAAUUCGUCGGGCCUGAAGGAGAAGGAUUUGACGUCAAUGUUGGCCGAGGCGACUGCAGUUCCACCAGUUAUUCAGGAGAAGGGAAAUUAUUGUGACAAAUUGAUUUAUAUCUACACGAGCGGUACGACGGGUCUGCCUAAGGCUGCGGUCAUCACAAACUCGAGGUUUAUGUUCAUCGCAAGUGCUAUUCAUUAUCUUGCGGCUUUCCGAGACAACGACAGAUUUUAUACACCUCUGCCGUUAUAUCAUACAGCUGGAGGUAUUAUGUCGGUUGGACAAGCGUUGCUCCACGGUUCGACGGUCGUGAUUAGGAAAAAGUUUUCAGCCAGUUCAUACUUUCCGGAUUGUGUCAAGUACAAAUGCACGGUCGCUCAGUACAUCGGUGAAAUGUGUCGUUACAUUUUGGCAAGUCCCGUAAAGCCGGAAUCAACGCAACACAAUCUGCGGCUCAUUUUUGGAAACGGUUUGAGACCUCAAAUUUGGCGUGAAUUCGUCGAUCGUUUCAAAAUACCCAACGUCGCUGAGUUCUAUGGAGCAACUGAGGGAAACGCUAAUAUCGUGAAUGUCGAUAACACCGUGGGAGCGAUUGGCUUUAUAUCGCGAAUAAUCUCAGCAAUUUAUCCAAUAUCUAUCAUCAGAGUGAAUGCCGAUGGUGAACCGAUCCGAAAUUCAAAAGGAUUGUGUCAAGUUUGCAAACCAGACGAACCUGGUGUAUUCAUUGGAAAAAUUAUUCGCAAUAAUCCUGCUCGAGCUUUCCUCGGAUACGUCGAUGAGAAAGCGUCAAAAUCCAAAAUCGUUUACGACGUUUUUACGCACGGUGAUUCUGCGUUUUUAUCGGGUGACAUCCUUGUAUCUGACGAACUCGGUUACCUUUAUUUCAAAGACAGAACUGGUGACACGUUCAGAUGGAAAGGAGAGAACGUUUCGACUACCGAAAUUGAGGCUGUUGUCAGUAAUCUCGUUAAUUAUCGAGAUUGCAUUGUUUAUGGAGUGGAGAUCCGGGGAUCGGAGGGUCGUGCGGGAAUGGCAGCGAUUUACGACGAAGAUAGCAGCGUUGACAUGAAUCGUUUGAGUUCGAUGAUACGAGAACAACUUCCGUCAUACGCGAGACCGUUGUUCGUGAGAACACUCACGAAGAUCGACAUGACGGGUACGUUCAAAUUGAAGAAAAAAGAUCUGCAAGAAGAAGCUUACGAUCCUCGAAAAAUCACCGACAAACUGUACUAUCUCGAUCCAAAAUUGGGCUACCAAUUAUUAACGCCGGAGAUUUACGAUCAGAUACAAGCAGGAAAAAUACGUUUCUGAGAGUUUCCAAUAAUCUAAGAUAUUUUGCACUAUCGGUACAGUGAGGUUCACUCAAAUUCAUCUUGUCAACGACGAGAUUCGAAAUAAAGUUGUACAAGGCGAGACAAUAACUAUCAACACUUUGAAUAUCUUUGCACCUGGAGGCUUUCAUGCGAACGGGGGGGGCCUCCCUGGCAUCUUUAGCUCGUUUUCUCAAUCAUUGAAUUCGAUUCAAUGAUUGAAUCGGAGCGGUAAACGAUGAACUUUUUGCUUUCGAUGAAUUUUCAUUUGUCCUAUUCGAAAUCUUUCUAAGCAUCCAAAGAUAUUCUGUGUGAUAAUAAUUAUUACUCCACUUCUGUACUCGGGGUGUUCUCCGUGGAAAGGGGCGAAUACUAAAUUGUGGCUCUGAUUUCGUGGAUAGAUAUUUUCGUCUAACCUCGGCUCACAAACGUAUUCACUUCCAUCUUACAAUGUACCAAAACUAUUAGAGAUAAAGGAAAAGUGCAUUAGAUCCGUACUAUGGAACUCAUAUUGCCUACAAUGAAGGCCUUCAACCGAAUUGUCCUUUCUUCUGUAUCGUUCAGCUCGAAACGUGGUUUUUCAGUGAUAUGCGUGUUGAAGGUCUUUCUCCAAUCGGAAUUCAGAACAAAAAAGUACUGAAAAUUGAAGAAUUCAAUUGUACAGCUAUUUGUAGAAAUGUUGGUACCCUCAAAAAUGGAUUCGAUGCAUUUAUGCUUUAUUUCUGAACGUUUUAACAGAGUUCGAUAGGUGCAAAAAUGUACAAACAAUUAGUGAAUAAUCCAUCGAAAGGCAUUCUGAUAGAAAAUGAAACAUGGGAAACUGUUCUAUUGAAAAUUUCUUACGAGAACACCCUGUAAAUAGUUAUUAUAAAUCAAAAUUCGAAAAAUGGCGAUAAAAUUAUUCGAGUUGAUUGCUUGUUCGACGAGUAUAGAGGGGUUUCGUCGAAGCCUGGAAGAGAAAAGCAGAAGUCGCUCGAGCUAUUUCAGUAUAAAAUCUGCCAAUAUUUUUCUAUCGCACAAUCAAUGAAUUUAGAGGGGCUUCGGUUGAACUUUUUCAUCAUUAUUUGUAAAUAAGUUACGUCGACGUAUUCCCCUCGAUUGUUGAGCAUUUUGUGCAAAAAGUGUUAGAAGAAAAUCAGCUGCGCCAUUGUUUGGGGAAUAGUUCCAUAUGAUAUAGCGAUCUCUUGUCUUCUCGAGUUUCUUAUUUAUAGCUUUGUUAUUAACAUUUUUUUUGCAAAAAAUCGCUGUUUUUUUGGUUUUUUUGCUUAUAAAAUGAAAACUAUCAGGGUGAUCGUGAUGGUGUUAAUAGACAAGUUGUAGACUUUGGUAAAUUGAAAUCGGACCGUACCAGUCGCAUUGAGGGCCGCGAGAAAAUUGUAUAGAAAAAAAUUCAAAUGGCCACAGAUCCAAAACUACAUCGAUAGAUCAGACAAAUGUCUGCUUUCCACACAAAUGUAGUUUAUGUUAAUAACUAAUACUGGCCUGAUGAUCUACGCUACAACUCGAAAAAUAACCGAGAUAUUAAUUUUUUUAAAAACUGCAUUUUCGUCGGUUUUUACCGAUUUUCUCCUAAACUAACGGUCCGAUCGAGUCGUUCGACCUCUCAUUUUUUUCGUAUUUUUAUUUUCUACAAUUUGUGCAUUGACAUCACCACGAUCAUCCUGAUGGUUUCCAUUUUAUAAACAAAAAACUAAAAAAAAGCGAUUUUUUGCAUAAAAUUGUUAAUAACAAAGCUAUAAAUAAGAAACUCGAGUAGAUAACAGAUCAUAUGGAACUGUUCCCCGAACAAUGGCGCAGGUGGUUUUCUUCUGAUACUUUUUACAUGAAAAAAUCUUUGUAGCUCGGCCUAUUUGAUUAGUCGAGGAGUCUCGAUCGCAGUGAACUCAAAUUUUUCGUGAAAAACAUUCGUUUUCAUUAUUUCUCGUUGAACGAGAUUCCUCGAGUGAAAAUCUGGGGAAUAUUUUUCUUUUUUUCAUUCGUCGAAAAAGUUUUUUUAUAUCAAGUUUUGCUUCGAAGCGUAAGAGCGCGCUGGUGCUCGCGUUUGUUCUUUAUUGCCGAGCUGAGGACGUCGCGGCUCCGUAAAUGGAAAAAUAUCGCAUUCGGUAGAACGAAUUUGUACAUUGGGUCGUUGGUGUCGAUGGAGAAUGUUGUCAAGUUUGUGGAAACGUUUCCUCGUGCGCUCCGUUCUUAGUAAAUUCAGUUUAAAUCAACGAAUCGAAAAUGAAUUCGACGAAAAAACGAAAUCAAUAAAUUUCGAGUAUGUUUCACAACAAAUCUGGCAAAAGCUCGGAAAAUUCCUGAACUCGAUUAAAACUGUUUUUUAAAAUAUACGAAAAUGAAUCGAAAUUUCUAAUAACUGGAAGUGUUACUGAAAUAGAGUCCUGGGGGCUCGGAGCAGCGCUACCCUCCCUUUUGAAUGCACCAAAAUCAUUGAAGUUUCUCCAGGGAACAGGAAAUGUCAGUAAAAUAAAAGAAAGUAGGAAAAAAUCUUUCAAAAUAUUGAAAUAUUCGCUUUGUACGAAGCAGCGGCCAUUUUUUUGAGGAUUUCGAAUAUUUAUCGGAUUUUCGUAUCUCAAAAUCUCAGCCUAGCCCUGUAAAAAACGUUUCUGCAUACGAGACUUGAAUCUUUUCGCUUCCACUGAACAAACUUCAACGUUGUUAUUUGUUAAUGUAUGUGUGUGUUUUUUUUUGGAAUAAAACAUUUUGCUAUUUUCUAA